AUGAAAUCUCUCAAUUCAAAUCACCACCGUCAAUUCAGACUUUUCAUGGGAUUAUAUACCUUUGCCUUUUUCCUAAUAGGAAUUCAUGCAGUUUCUUACAGAUAUUUGCAAUGGCUAACCCACUGGGGUGUAACAUUAACCCUUACUCCCCCCCCCCUCCGUGAGCGAACAAAACCAUUAGAAAAAUCCCUAUUUUUUGGUCAAAAACCCACCCUCCGUGAGCGAACAAAAAAUUUUUUUACAUAUAAUUUUAUAUAUAGUUUAUUAUAUCUAUAUUUAAUACAAAUAAAGAGGAUAAUAUUGAAAAAUAAUUAUUAAGUUUGUUUGAUAUAUUAUUCAAAGGGUUAAAAAAAAGAAUACCAUAAGUGAAAAGGUUGAAUUUAACAAUUUUAAAUUUAAGACAAAAAAAUGAAUAGAAGAAAUCGAUUAGAUAAUUAACUUCUUCAUAUUAACUUGAUGGCUGAAAAUCUUUGGAUGAUUAACGCCAUAAGAACCCGUCAACUCAAAUGAUUUUCUGACAAGUUGAGGGCUUACAGCAUCUCACGCCUUUGAAGCAAUGUUUAUCAGUUGCUGGCGAUCAAGAGCUUUGAGGUUUCCAGUUCUUUUCGAUCUUCUUUCAAUCUGCUCUGUUUGGAAUUUGAUUCUGAAAUCUGUUGUUUUGAUUUGAAAUUUGCAAUUACCAGUGCGUCAAGUGGUUGCAAAUACUUUGUGCACCCUCCAGGGAUCACAAUUUUGGUUGCAUCUAAAUCUGAAAUUGCAUUAGAAAUCAUGAUAGUUUUAUGACUUCCAGCCUGAUCAUAAAUCAGCAGUUGGUUUUCUCGUCUCAAUAUUGUUCUGAGGUAGUCAUUAAGAAUCUGGUCAGAAAUGUAGCCAGAUUUAUUUGAUUUUAUGAUGACAUUUUCUGGAAUAUUCAGUCUUUCUCUUACAAGGUUCGGGAUCUGGCCAUUUUUCUCUUGAAAAAUGAGCAAAGCAGGCAUUUUUUCUCCAUCAGCUCUAAUCAUAAGCAUAACAGUGAUAAAAUGGUUCAUUUUAGCUGAUUGAACGCCUAGAAUUCGUUGAGUUCCCUUGAAAUCAUAAGUGAACUUGCUUUUUACAUCUCAAUCAAAUCUCGUUUCAUCGAAAUUGUAAAUGUUAGAUGGAACGAAUUGAGGAAGCAAUGACGCUAAAUCAUCUAGGUAUUGCCUGACAAGUUCUGCCUCUUUUUCGAUUGGCUUAAUGCUUGAGGCAUUGAUUUUUCUGAAAGAUAAAUUAUUUCUGGUCCUAAAUCCUUGCCACCAUUUAUCUCCACAGCCGAAUCGCGCCAAUCCCAUUUCUGCCGCCAAACUUUUUGCUUUCUCCUCAAUCGUUGAUCUGAGAACCUGAAUACCUUGCUCACGGAUUGCAGUAAACCAAUGAACUAGUUCUUUCUCUAGCUCUGGAAAUUGAGUGAAGCUUUCUAAUUUUAAUUUUUUAUCAGAUUUUACUGAUUUCUUCAACUCAUCAAGCUUAUUCACCCAUUCGGAAAUCGAGCUAAAGGAGUUGACAUGAAACUUUGCAGCAACAUCUCUCAUGCUCAUCUCAUUUUGGUGUUGAAUGUAAAAUUCAGCAAUUUCAACUUUCUGCCAAAUUUCAAUGUACUUUCUUUUCCCUUUGUACAUUUUUAUUAUGAUUUAUAGAGAAUUUGCUUAUUAUAUUAAAUAAGAAAAUAUAUAAAAUAUUUUAACUGAAUGCAUAUAUUUAUUACUAAUAGGUUUAUUGAUUAUUAAAUUAUUGAAAAAUUAAGCUGUGUUUUACCUUUAAUCAAAUGGUAUUCUUUUUUUUUUGGGAAAUUCCCUUACUCUCCCCCCAUAAUAUUUUUAAAAUAAUUUUCAACUUAUAAAAAAAUAUUAUUUUACAAUUAAAAAAUUUAUAUAUAAUUUUUUUUAAAAAUAAAAAUUAACCCCCCUCCGUGAGCGAACAAAAAUUUUUUGUUUCGCUCACGGAGGGGGGGGGGAGUUAGCUUUUUCUUCCUAAAACUCGCCAACAAGCACCGUCAAGCAGAUUUAGUAUACCAAAUAGUCCUCCCAAUAGAAGCGACACUCACUUUCACAUACUGGAGUUUCGUAUUCCCAAGCUACACUCUUGAACAAAGGCCUCCUCUGAUCUAUAAUAUUUCAGUCCAUAUCCUGCAAUUCCUUUUCCUCAUGUUUGAUUUUUCCUAUAACAAAAUCCAAUUCCACAGGAAAAAUAUGAUUUUCCCUAUUGUCCUAAUGAUGCUUUAUGGGCUGCUCAAUUUUAUAGUGACAAUGAUUGAUGAGCCAAUUUACCCGACACUUACUUUUACAGAUAUCAAAAGUCUGCUUUUCAUGAUUUUUGCCUGUGUUAUGCUGGUCUGUGCUUUUGAGCUGUGCAUUUUGAUAAGCCGAAGUAAAGCAAAAUCAGAAAUUAAAGAAAAAGCUGAUAAGCUUUAA